AUGCAUGGACACUUUUCAAUAAAAUCUGUUGUCUUUAGCUUCGGUGUAUUAGUUCUAGAGAUGGUGUCUGGGCAGAAAAAUAGUUAUUUCCGUAUAGAGAAAAAUUUAGAAGAUCUUCUUAGCUAUGCAUGGCGAAAUUGGAGGGAAGGCACAACAUCAAAUCUUAUCAAUCCCACCUUGAGAGCUAUUGCAACAUCUGAAAUAAUGCAAUGCAUCCAUAUAGGAUUGCUAUGCGUUCAAGAAAAUGUAGGUGAUAGACCAACCAUGGCUUCCAUCGUUCUCAUGCUUAAUAGUCAUUCUAUCACUUUAUUGGUGCCCUCACGGCCUGCAUAUUUUAUGCACACCACCGUUGAAUCAAACAUGUCAUCAGACAAAUCAUUCCAAGCCUCAACAAAUGAGGCUUCAAUCAGUGAGUUAUAUCCUCGCUAG